CGACUAGCUUGCUCUAGUCAUCGUCAGGAGACUGAACAAAUACGGAAAUACGGAAACAAAAUUGCUGUUGGCAGCGGCACCCUUCACACAUUAUUUUUGAAGCGGCGACGAUGUUCGUACCCUUGGUAAGGCGGAUGCGCAUCUCAAUGCGCGGAUCCGUUUGUGCGCAGACGACAUUCACUUUUUGUUUUGCCUCUUUUGGCGCGCACUGAUGAAUACAUGUAUAGUCACCAUCUAACGAUAUCAUAAUCGCUAUGCCAUCAUCAUCACAACGUGCCACCUAAUUUGUUUUCUGUCGCGAUAUCACACGGCAUUAGGCACUAUACCAGGUCAUUUCGCAUCAUCUUUCGUCAACACACUGUACCGAAAACAUUGCAAAACAGAACUCGGCCGCGACUCCACGCUAGUUAGUAAAAAACAUCGACUGAAAUUAAACGUGCUGAUUUUUCAUGGGCGUUAUUUCGCGUUGGUGACUGUCAUCAAUUCCUGCUUCAACGUUGACUGGUUCUAGUUUUCUGUUAUUUCUUCAAUGGGAUGUCUACGUGCCUAGUGUGCAGUAAACUGAAUUCUCGUGCUAUACUAGUUAUGCUCUGCUUUUGUGUAGUUGGCAGUACGUGAGUUUUCCAGCAGUAACAACGAUAGAGGAACUGCCAAGGGUCAAUAGGAUUGCUAGAAGUUUCUGCGACUGUCUUGACUUCACUAGUUGUCAUGCUGAUGUUGAAUGAUCACAUGACAGUUUGCUGAAGGAGCUGUUAAUCAAAGGAAAGCAAUUUGGUAAAAUGGCAACCGCCAUGGAGCCUCUGUUAGACAAGGAGGACGACCUGAACGAUCUGAUGAAACCCAAAUCACCUUACGGGGAACCUCUGGGUAAAUUCCAUGUCACCACGGAAUGGCCGCAGCCCCUGCCGCGCUCGCGCCACGCCAGACGGCCUCGAACGGACGCCAGGUACCGCACGCAGCCGGUCACGUUCGCCGAGAUACGGGAGGUGGACGAGGACACGACACAGGGCAGGUCACCGCACGAGGGCACACCUCGGACAAUCGAAGAAGAUGGCCCUCAACGGUUGCGAAUAGAGGAGCUCAAAUGCCCUGUGAAGUUAGAAGCAUUGAAUGCCGCCAUCGAGAAAAUAUUGAAAAGAUCCCCGGAGAAAAGCAUUGAUGACGAGUCUGCGGAAGACUCGAGUAAAGACGCAACUGGAAAUGUUUGAUAUUAUUAUUUAUACGUUUUAACUUUUUCUUGAUCUUGAUAAGGAUCUUCAUUAAUAAAGAAUGGUGCACUUCUGAAAAGAAACCGUGGGUAAUCACUAUGUGCUUGACAAAUAAUGGUAUAUUUUUGCCGUCAUUGGUCAUCUACAUAUUGGACGCCAUCUUGGAUUACGUCACGACAAUGUAUAAUAUUGACAUGUCAUAUUGUAGCAUGCAUAAAGCUACCAUACAAAGAGCCGUACCCCAACGUGACUUCUGAAACGUCAUCCUUAAACACGUCAUAAGUUUCAAACUGAGAAAGACAACAAUCUUCUGUCGGAGUAUGUUACCGGCAGCAAGAAAACAGUGUGUGUUUGUAGUCGGCAGUCCGCCAUGUUGUUCCUAACCUCUAUCUCACGGAAACCCAGAUUGAGAGAACGAGUUCACCCGAAGGGUGCAUGGAAAGAUAGACGGAGCUCACAUUUUAAAGGGUUUGGGUACUUUUUGUACGACACAAAACAAAAACCUCUGCACCUACAUUCAAUUUACACGGUUUAAAGACAAUGAAGAUAGAAAGAUUCUAUUAAAAUUGCUUGCUGGGGUGCUGUUCUUGUUUUGAGAAAAGAGUAAACAAAAAUCACCAAAAACUAUAUAAGCAUGUACAACAGAUUUACGCAACUUUCCUGAAAACAUUGCUCUGUGGUUUUCAUUUUUUUUCUCAAAAACUUGACGACUUGCUGAAACUUAUAUAGUGUUAAAACUAUAAUUCACACUCAGUAAGGACUAAUUUCAUGGCAAAAAACUUUGUCUACAAAAUGUAUCAAGACGCAUCAGAAUGGUUCACGAAUUCUUCAAUUUAAUGAGAAUAGUUACGCAUAAGAUAAUGAUGCGAACAAGGAUUUAUAGGAUAGUCAUCAUGCCUCCUUUAUUACUAAAACACGGGCUUAUAAUGAACGGGAAAUUGUGAAGUUUAGGUCACAACAACAGUCUUUGUGGUCUUUUCGAAACCAAUAGAUUCCACAACCCGGACAUUGCCGGGCUUUUACGUUCUUAGGGCAUGCCGACAGCCCAGACGGUUUUGUCAUAAGAAUUGUAAAGAUACCACUAUGGUUUUCUUUUUUAACCAUGGAACCUUAAAGACAGUGGACACUAUUGGUAAUUGUCAAAGACAAGUCUUCUUG